AUGGCCAGGCUCAACAUGGCCGAGGUCUGGGCAGACAUCAAGACAUACCGCCGCGCGUACCUACUCACGGCUGUGGCAUCCUUUGGCGGCAUGUUGUUUGGAUGGGAUACAGGCUUGAUUGGUGGUGUCCUGACCAUGGACGCAUUCCAACACUCGUUCAAUCUCGACAAGGGUAGUUCCGACUUUGCCAAUCUCCAAGGUAACAUCGUGUCUGUGUUGCAGGCAGGCUGUUUUUUCGGGGCCCUGGCAAGUUUCUACGUUUCCGACACGUUUGGCCGCAAGCGGGCGCUUAUCAUGGCCGACGUGAUAUUCAUCAUCGGCUCCUUGGUGCAGACGCUGUGCGGGCUGGGCACGUCGAGUCUGACACAGCUGUACGUGGGACGUGUGAUUGGUGGGUUCGGGGUUGGCUUGAUUUCUGCUGUUGUGCCUACAUAUAUUGGAGAGAACGCGCCCAGGGCGAUUCGAGGCCGCUGCAUUGGCUGCAUGCAACUCUUCAACGUCACGGGGAUUUGCUUGUCGUUCUUUGUCAAUUAUGGCAUCGCGCUUCAUAUCACCAGCCCCACGGACUCGACAAAAUGGCGCGUACCUUUUGCCCUGCAGAUGCUUCCUGGAGCGUUUCUGUUAGCAGGCAUUGUUUUCAUGAACGAGUCGCCGCGUUGGCUCGUGGAGAAGAACCGCGUCCAUGACGCCGCCAAAGCACUGGCCACGGUCCGGGGCAAGAGCGUCGACGACGCAGACGUCGUGGAGGAACUCGACGAGAUUAUUGCAGACUUCAACGGCCAUGAGAAGAUGCCUCUGAUGGCGCAGCUCAAGGCUUCGUGCGCAAGCAGGAAGAUGUUUUACCGAUCUUCUUUUGUCGUCAUUCUCAUGUUCUGGCAGCAGUGGACGGGCACAAACUCGAUCAACUAUUACGCCCCGCAGAUUUUCCGGGAGAUCGGCCUGGUUGGCAGUUCGUCGGGCCUAUUUGCGACUGGAGUCUAUGGCAUCGUCAAGAUUGUCGUGACAGCAAUUGGGCUCAUGGCCUUCACGGAGCAGCUCGGGCGAAAGUGGUCUCUGAUCAUUGGGUCGCUCGGACAGGCAUUUGCCAUGUUCUACAUCGGCAUCAACCAAGCGGUGCACCCGCCGUCGGGCGACCUCGACGGCAACGCAAUCUUUGCCAUUGUUUGCGUGUACCUGUUUGUCGUCUUCUACUCGUUUGGCUGGGGACCCAUUCCGUUUGUGCUGGCGUCCGAGUGCAGCCCCAACCAGGUGCGGUCGCUGCUCAUGGCGGCGUCGCUCAUGACACAGUGGCUGUUCAACUUUGUGAUUGCAAAGAUUACGCCGCUGAUGCUGAGCCACAUCACGUAUGGGACAUUUCUUUUGUUUGGGUCUCUGUGCAUUGUCAUGGGGCUGUGGACGGUCUUGUGCGUCCCCGAGACCAAGGGCGUGCGGCUCGAGUCGAUUGGCGAGCUGUUCGAGGGCAACAUCAUCCGGGGAUGUAUCCAGGACACGGUGCCGAGCAGGGCACGGGCGAAGCAGCUGCGACACCACCAUGCGACGGACGAUGGCGACUCGAUCAAGAGCGGUGCAGGCAAACGGGGGCGCGUGGAGCAGAUCGAAAACGCAUAGGGCAGCAACGGCGGCGGCGGCGAUGGCCAUGGCCAAAAAGCAGCUGCAAGCGGCCACGGUGCUUACGUCGCGGCGCAUGAAGCAGGCUAGUGUGGUACGAUAUUUCCGUAGGAGCGAAAUGCCCAAGUCAAGGCCGUGCGCACAUGACGAUGCUUGACCUUCAUUCAUGAUGAGACUUGUCGAUGGCAAAGCGGUCGGCGGGGGCGCAUGGCGGAUCUGUACAACGUGUCCGUACAGUGAAGAUCGUGGACCGAACGGGCGUUGAGUCGGGCCGCGUGGGCGGAGGGCGAGCAGGGCCGUCACG